GCCCUGGUUCAAGCAGCAGAAGGAAGCAAGGGCUUCUCCAGCAGCCCUUCCUCUCCAGUUCCUGGGGCAUUUUCUCCCCCACCUCGUGCAGCUUUUCCCCUCCCCCUUUUUCCUCCCCUCCCACUACUGGGGUGUCGAUUUCUCUUGGCCUGUGUUCCCCUGGAAGCUGCCACCCUGAAGUUUCUGGUGGUGCUCCUGGCCGCAGGGAUGCUGGCUUUCCUUGGUGCAAUUAUUUGCAUCAUCGCAAGCAUCCACCCUGCGGUCAACAACGCCGGAGCUCUCCAAGGUACCGACAAUGGCUCCAACGCCGCGGCUGCAGCCCUGCUGCCCGCCUCUGGUGCUUCAGACAAGACGCUGGGAGCUCUCCAUGGUACUGGAGAAAGCACCUACGGGGGCUUCUCGACAAGCUCUCAGGACUCUUUGUUGGACCUGCUGGCCAGCGCCCGGCCUCAACAGCACCAGCAGCUCUUCAGCCGCUUCCUAUGCACCCCACUGACUGUAGAGUGUCCGUCCGAGGGAAGCCCUCAGGGAGACAGCCCCGGGGCGGCUGCCAAAGAAGAGCUUUUCUUCCUCCAAAGCACGGCUGAGCAACUAAGGCAGACGGCACAGCAACAAAAAGACCAGAUCCUCAUCGAUCAGAAGACCAUCCGGGAACUGACCACCAAGCUCAGCCAGUGUGAGAAUGGGCUCGAACUUAGUUUCCAGGACAGUGCCUCGGUUUGGGGUGUCCCCCGGCAUGAUACUAUGGGUGAUCUCCCCUGGGAUUCGCCUGCCAUGAUCCAGGAGCUGGAAGAGGCUGUCAGAACACUGAAAGACAGGAUUGACAAGAUAGAGCAUGAUAUCCCUGCCCGAAUAAAUGCUACCUCUGCCCCGGUGCCAACCCAAGAAACAAUCCACACCAAGAUGGAGGAAUUGGAGGAUCAGAUCCUCUCCAAGAUUUUGGCUCUGGAAAAGGAACGUUCAUCCAUCACCAACAUCAAUGAACACCAACAGCAAGAGGUAGACAAGGAGCUGGAUGCCCUCCAAAACCGGGUUGCAGAUCUUGAACACGAAACAACAACCUUCAUCCCUCCAGAUAACUUCAAAAUCACCAUCCCUGUACGGAACAACUAUAUGUAUGCCAGGAUAAAAAAGAGCCUGCCUGAACUUUAUGCCUUCACAGUCUGCAUGUGGCUGAAAGCCAGGGGUCCAGCAGGGGUGGGCACCCCUUUCUCCUACUCAGUCCCCAGUCAAUCCAAUGAGCUUGUAUUGUUGGAGUGGGGACCUAAUCCCAUGGAACUGAUAAUUAAUGACAAGGUGGCUCAGCUGCCCAUGAGUCUAAAGGUCGGGACAUGGCACCACAUCUGCAUAAACUGGAUCACACGGGAUGGCAUAUGGUCAGCAUAUCAAGAUGGAGUAGAGCGUGGGGGCAGUGAAAAUCUGGCAUCCUGGCAUACUAUCAAACCUCAUGGGGUCAUCAUCCUGGGCCAGGAACAGGAUACACUGGGUGGGCGCUUUGAUGCAACUCAGGCCUUUGUUGGUGAAAUUGCACAGUUCAACAUGUGGGAUCGCGUCCUGAUGCCAGCAGAGAUCCUGGGUCUGGCCAACUGCACCAGCCACCUGCAAGGCAAUGUCAUCCAGUGGGAUGAAAAACUGGUCGAGAUCCAUGGAGGGGCAGCCAAGAGGAGCUUUGAAGUCUGUGAGGAAAGGAAGAAGGCGUGAGCGGUCCUUGUCCCCACCAAAAGAAAGGAACAUGGAAGCUACUGCCAUUUCUUUCCACUUACAUAAAGAAUGAGGCAGCAAAGGGUCCUUUUCUUUUCCAUACAGAAACAUCUUGGAUGAAUUGUUCUAUAGAGUGUUGUGUGUGUGUGAGAGGGAGAGGGAGAGUGUAUGCAUGUGUGCAAAGGACAAGGGAAACUUUCUGAACUUGAUGGAUUGUGACACUGUGUUUUUCAUUGUUCCAGUAAAACUCUUUCUGAUUCAUACCUGUGAAUGGCAAGGGCCCUCCAUCAAGAAAGCUGGGGUGAUAAGAGGGUGAUAGCCAUAUUUGAACAACAGGCCAGUAGCUGAUGUGUAGAGGAUGGGAAGUUGUUGGUGGAACUGCUAUCACCAACAUUUUGCUUCUUUCACACUGUAUCUGAUACCGUUGGACACUGAAUGGAGUUUGUUGAAGCGUUAGAACUUGUAUGGUGGUGGCAUUUGCUCAUGAGGAGCUAUUGAUAGUCUAGGAAUACACAAGCCAAUAUUACUCCUGUAGUCUCUGCAUGCUUCCACCAGGGAUGUCCCACCGAGUUCUCUACCUUCUGGUCUACAUAGCCUCAAGUAGGCAAUGAUGCCAAGUCAUUCCACCAAAGCCUACAUACUAGAUUCAGAUUAUCUAUCUUUAUCACAGUGAUCCAGAUUUCCACCUCAGAUGAGCUGUGUG